AUGGGAAAUGUGCUGGCUAAACUACAAACCAGGAGACUGGAUGGAAUUACCAAAACUAACUUGAAGAUGCAUCAGUUUGACAAGCUUUUCCGUGCGGCUGGGGAAUCAGGAAUCUUGAUACUGGAAAGGUAUGUCAAGACCGAUGCAGAACUAGAAAUGGCUAUAGGAAGCAGGAAGCAGAAGAACAUGAAUGUUGAUAAUGUUCUCUGCCUUCGAUUAGUUGGUACGCGGGUGAAAACCAUACCAGUCAGUAUCGGUAUUUUUAGUCAUCUCGUUGACUUGGAUCUUAGUAACAAUUAUAUUGAUGAACUACCAUGGUCUAUAGUCUAUUUGAAACAACUUGAAAUUAUGAACCUAUCAUACAAUCUACUGACGAACCUCCCAUGUUGUAUCGGUUGCAUGAGAACACUGGUCAGUAUCAACCUCUGUUACAAUAAUAUCACUUACUUACCAACCGAAAUACUUUAUUUGACCAGACUGGAACAACUCGACGUGACUGGAAAUAAAACUCUGAUAUCCCCUCCCCUGACUAAAGCUGAGAAAGGUGUUGAUGCGGUGAUGGAUUUUUUAAGAAUGAGGUCACAGAGAAAGGAUAUGUGGGGGAAUAGGAAUCAGAAACCUGACUUUGAGAAGUCGUUAUUUGAACUGUGCAUCAACUGUAUAUUGAAGUAUAAGGUGGAAUUCCUCGAACUUUCCUACGUCCCUCCAGUCAUUAAAACUCACUUGCUUGAGUGCACCAACAAGAUGGGCAAGUUUGCUGUCAGCAAAUGCAGCAGGUGCAAAUGCUAUUUUUCCACCACUGUAAAUUUUGAAAUGCAUUUGUGCAAGUAG